AUGAGGUUUAAGAAGUACAGUGCUUUUAGCAAAGGCGUGGCUUGCUGGUGGAAAGAGGCCACAGUUAGCAGCCCGGCCGCUGCGUUCUACACCAGCUGCAGCUUCCAGACCAAGCUCAAGAAUAGCCAGAAAAAGCAGUUUGGGGCCAGCGACCCCUCCCAAAAUGGCACUUGUGCAGGAAUAAUUGAAAUGGAGACUUUUCUACAUUAUUCACUUGUUCCAUCAGCCAUCAUCAUCAUAAUUAUGGCCUGCCUUGAAAAGAGAGCAAGAAGAUGUUGUUUAGAUGAAAAAUUGCCCAGCCUCAGUGGAUGUGUCGGGAUGUUGACACCCUUUGAUUUUGUCAGCUCAUUCAACAACCGAUGGUCACUUGGAUUUGCGUUCGGAGUAACUGCAGAUAAAGUGAUGUACCUGUUCACUCAAGACUACUUCCCAGAGGGACUUCCUGACUGGGCUACGGUAUUCUGGGUUCUCCUCAUCGCCGUGGAAGUGGGCAUUUCCUCAUACCCUUUCUUUGUCUGCCUUUCGGCAAGUUAUAUGAUGACUGGAGCCACUCUAGGAUUUCUUUACACAGCGGCCUGGUUGACAGUCAUGGUCAUAGACAUUGCACAGUGCCCUGAGGAAGACGUUGUGGGAGGAUAUAGCACAUUCAUUCUGGUCUGGCCUUCCCUGGUGUGCCAGCUUUUCCUGCUGGGACAAUUCUUUGUCAUUUUUGUGGAAGCACUAAGAGUUCGAUGUGGGCUAGAACCUGUCAAUGAGGAGGCUUCAUUCAUGGAGGGACAUCAGGCGCAGUAUGUCCAGCACUUGUUGAGGAAGCCUCCAUUGGAGCCAGCUCAGAAAUCCUGGAUUUGGAGGAAGCUGUAUGAAUGGGACCCUUACUUUAAAUUCCCAAGCAGAAUAAUCAGUACAGUUGUGCUUGUCAUCAUAUGCCUUUAUAUGUUUGCUGCGGCCGAAUUUAUUGUAGGCGAGAUAUUAAUUUUAUAUUUGCCCAUAAGCUUGAAUGAAACUGAUUUAUUCAGUAGUUUGGAAGAAUUUUGCAAUGUCGCAGAAGGUAAAGACAUGAUUUUAGGUUAUUCCAAAUCUAAAAUAAUGUUGGUAUGUGAUCGGGAUACGCUGGCAUGUGAAGAAAAGGUUGCACUAGGAAAAUUCAUAUCUUGUGAAGUUGCAUAUACAGUAUGGGGGUACCUGAUCAUACAUCUGCUGCAAUGGGUAUUUGGGAUGAUCGUUAUGUAUAUUUUGAUUUUGCCCAUGAAGCGCGGCGAGUGGAUGGAACUUCUCAACAAGUGGGGAACGGUCAUCCUUUCCUUCAUCAUCAUCACAGUUAUCGGGAAAGUGGAGCUUAUUGCUGUCGCUCGGAUUUUUCUUCAGCCAAAGAUUUUGCCGAAAGACAAGCAGAAGCCUUUGGCCCUUGGUAACAGGAAAGCCUUCAUGAACUUCAGCUACUUUUUAUUCUUCCACUCGGUGGUGGUGGGCCUAAUGUCUUGCCUGAAGAGACUGUUCUACAGCAUCAUCCUGGGAGCCUGGCUGGUGGGACGGAUAGACAGACCGGUAAUGCCAAUGGGCUUUGAAUCAUUCGAUAGUGGCUUCAGUAUCUGGGUUCAAAUGCUGUUCCUGGACCACUACCACACAAACCCCGUCCUUGUCUGCUUCUGCCACAUCCUUGAUAGCGCAAACAGGAAACGAAAACGGCAGAGAGUCACCGUGGAUGUUGCCAUUAUUGAGCCAACAGGAACAGAUUUCAGGGUGUCACACAAAGCCAAGACAAGAUGGCUGGUGCUCUACACGCUUUUGAACAACCCUGGUCUCCAGAGAAUCAGAAAGUCAAGACCAGAGUUUCAGGGGGCGGAGCUGGCCGCCUGA